AUGUGCGUCGACUACACGGACCUCAACAAAGCCUGCCCAAAGGACGCCUUUCCCCUACCAAACAUCGACGGAUUAGUAGAUGCUGCAUCCGGCCACCGAUACCUCAGCUUCAUGGAUGCGUAUUCCGGCUACAACCAGAUCCCGAUGCACCGACCAGACGAAGAAAAAACAGCGUUCAUCACCCCGGACGGAACUUACUGCUACACAGUGAUGCCCUUCGGUUUAAAAAACGCCGAAGCCACCUAUCAAAGACUUGUUAACAAAAUAUUUCGAGACCUGUUCGGAAACAAAUUAGAAGUCUACAUAGACGAUAUGCUCGCCAAGACUGAAUCCGGUGAGGAACUAACCAAUGACCUCAAGGUCAUAAUGAACACCCUACGAAAGCACCAAAUGCGGCUCAACCCGGCAAAAUGCACCUUCGGAAUGGAAGCAGGAAAGUUCCUCGGCUUCAUGAUAACGCAACGCGGAGUCGAAGCAAACUCGGAGAAAUGUCGUGCCGUCCUCGAGAUGACAAGCCCCAAAAACCUUAAAGACAUCCAAAGGCUUACCGGCCGACUGACCGCGUUAUCACAGGAGGCACUCGCAGCAGCUCUCAUCCAGGAAAACGAGAACAAAGAGCAAAAGCCCGUAUACUUCAUAAGCAAAGUCUUACAGGAUGCAGAAGCUCGCUAUUCACGCUUAGAAAAGCUAGCUUUCGCACUCCUUACGACCUCCCGGUGCCUGCGGCAAUACUUCCAAGCUCACCCCGUGACGGUCCGAACCGACCAGGCGGUCAAACAAGUAUUACAGAAACCCGACCUAGCAGGAAGAAUGUUAGCAUGGUCCAUCAAGUUAUCCCAAUUCCAAAUCAAGUUCGAACCCCGGAACGCUAUCAAAGCACAAGCCUUGACCGAUUUUGUCGCCGAAAUGACUCCGGGAAAACUCGCCCCUGAACCAUGGAAACUACACGUCGACGGCUCGUCAAACUCCACUCACGGAGGAGCCGGAAUCAUACUCGAAAGCCAAAACGGGAUCACAAUUGAACAGUCAGUACGAUACGAAUUUCCAGUAUCAAAUAACCAAGCAGAAUACGAGGCCCUCUUAGCAGGACUAACCCUAGCCCGGGAAGUCGGUACAAAGGCCCUAGAGGUAAAUACCGAUUCCCAGGUAGUCAGCUCCCAAAUCAACGGAAGCUACCAGGCACGAGAUCCCCUGCUCCAACAAUACCUCACCAAGGUAAACAAACUGAAAGAAGGGUUCGAAAGCAUUACCAUACAGCAUGUCCCCAGGGAACGAAACGCCAGGGCAGACCUACUUUCCAAGCUAGCCAGUACCAAACCGGGACACGGUAACAAGUCGCUAAUUCAGGAGGUCGUCAGAUCGCCUUCUGUGUCAACAACAAUCAACACUCACCUAACAUCUUCAAAUCGAGAGUCUUGGACGUACCCUAUCUUACAAUACCUCCUCGACGGAACCCUACCGCUAGACCCGAAAGAGGGAAAUCGAAUAAAAAGGGAAGCCGCCAACUAUACCAUCGUAGCAGGACAACUAUACAAACGUGGAUUCUCGCAACCCCUACUCAAAUGUAUCGAACCCGGGGACACGGAGUACAUACUCCGAGAAAUCCAUGAAGGCUGCUGCGGUCACCAUGUCGGAGGAAAAACAUUAGCCCAAGAAAUCAUCAGCUCAGUAGAACACCCCCAAACAAACGGACAGGUGGAAUCCGCAAACAAAAUAAUCGUUAAAGGACUCAAGAAACGACUCGACGAAGCCAAAGGAAUAUGGGCAGACGAAUUAGGGUCGGUUCUAUGGUCGUAUCGAACAACACCCCAAACGACCACGGGGGAAACGCCUUUCCGAUUAACAUACGGCGUAGAAGCAGUCAUCCCAGUAGAAAUUGGGGACCCCAGCCCCAGGAAAACGGUCGGGGGUAACGACGAAGAAGCAGAACGAGACCUCAUUGACGAAGAAAGAAGCAUAGCUCACAUCAAAGAGUUAGCGCUCAAACAAAGAAUCAGCCUAAGAUACAAUUACAGCGUUAUCCGACGAGAAUUCGCGGCCGAUGACCUCAUCCUAUGA